GAGAGUCUUGUCUCCGUACCACUCGUUACUGUUUCUCUACUUUUCGUAUCGUCCACAAUGGCUACAGCAGCGACCUUGACUCCGACAGCACCCGCUGAUACUUCGUACUCCAAGAGGAAACGGUCUCCCUCGCCGGCAGAUUCAGAAGCACCACCUCAAAGUCGUCGUAGGUCUGCGUCUCCAGUGGCAAAAGCUAAACCAGUAGAUCUCCCGAAGGUCUCUGAUGUGGAUCCUGUGAGACGUGCAGAACGAGAGCGUCAGCUGGCAGCGCGUAUGGCUGCUUUGGAAUUGGAGAGAUUAGAGAAGGAGAAAGAAAAAGAGAAGGGCAAGGAGGUUCAGAAGAAGGAUGAUUUCGAUGCCAGGGCUGAGUUUGCUAAGCUCGCUGGUUCGCGUUCUGGUGGAGUGUACAUGCCCCCUGCUCGACUGCGCGCCCUUCAAGAAGCUGCUGGGAAGGACAAGACCAGUGCAGAGUAUCAACGGCUUUCGUGGGACGCUCUUCGCAAGUCCAUUACUGGUAUUGUCAAUCGAGUCAACGUGACAAACAUCAAGAUGGUGGUGCCUGAACUAUUCUCGGAAAACCUCAUUCGUGGUCGUGGUCUCUUCGCGCGAAGCGUCAUGAAAGCACAGGCCGCCAGUUUACCCUUCACUCCCGUCUUCGCAGCCCUUGUCGCUAUCAUCAACACUAAGUUGCCGCAGGUGGGCGAAUUGGUGCUGAUUCGACUGAUCAGUCAAUUCAGACGGGCGUUCAAGCGCAAUGACAAGAUUGUAUGCCAUUCUACGACAACCUUCCUCGCUCACCUUGUGAACCAAGGUGUCGCACACGAAAUCAUCGCCCUCCAAAUUCUCUUCCUCCUUCUCGAGCGUCCGACGGAUGACUCCAUCGAAAUUGCUGUCGGCUUCAUGCGCGAAGUUGGUGCUUUCCUGCAAGAAAACUCUCCCAAGGCGAACAACGUCGUGUAUGAGCGCUUCAGGGCCGUAUUGAACGAGGGUUCAAUCAGCCAACGUGUUCAAUAUAUGAUUGAAGUCCUGAUGCAAGUCAGGAAGGACAAGUACAAAGACAAUCCAAUUAUCCCGGAGGGGUUGGACUUGGUGGAGGAGGAUGAGCAGAUUACCCAUCAAAUUCAGCUGGAGGAGGAGUUGCAGGUUCAGGAGGGACUGAACAUCUUCAAGUUUGACCCAGACUACCUCGAGAACGAGGAACGUUACAAGUCAAUCAAGGCGGAGAUUCUAGGAGAAGAAUCUGGUGAAGAAGAGUCAUCCGAAGAAGAGUCCGAAGAAUCCGAGGAGGAGGAUGAAGCAGCCAUGGAAGAAAAACUGGGCAUCGAGGACCGAACGCAGACGAACUUGGUCAAUCUUCGUCGGGUGAUCUACUUGACCAUCAUGAACGCUCUUAGCUACGAGGAGGCCGUUCACAAGUUGCUCAAGGUCCAGAUCAAGGAAGGCGAGGAGAUCGAAAUGUGCAACAUGAUCAUCGAAUGUUGUUCGCAGGAACGUUCUUACUCCACCUUCUACGGUCUCAUCGGCGAGCGAUUCUGCAAGCUGAAUCGCAUCUGGAACGAAUGUUUCGAGCAGGCGUUCCAAAAUUACUACAGCACCAUCCAUCGAUACGAAACAAACCGCCUCCGCAACAUCGCUCGUUUCUUUGGACAUCUCUUUGGCACCGACGCCAUUAGCUGGGCUGCUCUGGAAUGCGUCAAGUUGACGGAAGACGACACGACUUCCAGCAGUCGUAUCUUCUUAAAGAUCAUGUUGAACGAAAUGACGGAAGCGAUGGGCAUGAAGGCUAUCACAGAACGAUUCAAAGAUGAGGAGGUCAAGAGAUGUUGCGCAGGAAUGUUCCCAUUGGAUAACCCCAAGAAUACCCGAUUCGCGAUCAAUUACCUGACGAGUAUUGGGUUGGGUGUCAUCACAGAGGAGAUGCGUGAACAUCUGAAGAAUGCACCAAGGCUCAUAAUGGAACAACGACGGGCCAUGCUCGAAGCCGAGUCUUCCUCGUCAGACGAAUCUUCAGAAUCUGAUACCUCAUCUGACUCCGAUUCUGAAAGUGAAUCAGAAUCAGGGUCGGUGUCAGAGAGCUCAGAAGAUUCUCGUGCUCAUUACCGUUCUCGACGAGCUCCUAGUCCCCCAAGGAAGGAUAGCGGAGAUCACAGACGACACGACGAAUCACCAAGCCCUCCGCGAAGGAGACGAAAUACGCCUUCUCCUCCUCCCCGAUAUCGCGACCGCGACGUCGAUCGUGAUCGAGAACGUGAACGACCGAGGGAGUCUGACCGUGACCGUGACAGGUACAGGUCUCGCAGGGACUCUCCUCCCAAGCCUUCUCGUCGGGAGUCCCCUCCUCCUAGAUCUCGUCGUGAUGUUUCCCCACCUCCCCGACUUCGCCGUGAUUCUCCACCGCACCGUCGUCGAGGCCCUUCACCAGAUGGCGACGUUAAGAUGCGCCGAGGUAGGUCACCCUCGAGGACCCCUUCACCCCCACCGAGAGCCCGAAUUGGAGGUGGACGUAGGUCCCCUUCGCCCAGUGUUAGCCCGCCUAGGAAGGAUAAGGGCAGGGAUGAGAGGGAUUAUGAUAGACGACGAAGGGAUGAUUCUCGGGAUAGGGAGCGUAGGCGGGGAUCGCCUAGGCGCGACUCUAGGAGAUAUUGACAGUGCAAAAGGUCGUGAAGGACCGCUUAUGUUGUGUGCACAUUAGUCUUCUCGUUUUCUAGUAUGUGUCGUGUACUUGUAUACAUGCUUUCCUUUGAUUCUCAAUAUAUCCACAAGCCGUUUUUGUGUUUUAGAAGCAUGACAGUCAUAGUCAAUUCCCGCUUGCACGCAAUUCAGAGCGUAUUCGCUGAGUC